CGUUUCCGGUUCCGUUUCCCUUCCCAGUCCUGGCACACAUUUCCCACCCCGAGAAUGGCCAGAACCUUGUAAAGCCUGUGCGCGGCUCGCAACGCUCAUCCCACCGACGCCACUGGCGAGCGCGCAGCUAGCUCAGCGCAUCGCACCACGCUAGCCCGCAUCGUCGUCCGCUCCGGUGCCCAGAGCCGCCCAACGGCCUCGAGCCUGUAGAAUCCGGUCCUUUAUACCCACCAAUCCGGCCGCGGUUUGACCAAGAUCGGCAGGCAGCCGGCCCCGUCCGGCUCGAUCCGGCUCGUCUCAUAGGAUGGCGGCGGUGGCGGAGGGAUCGACGGUGGCGGCGGCGGCGAAGGAGGCGGAGUACCAGGCGGGCGUGCAGAAGCUGGUGGACCUGCUGUCCAAGCUGAACCCUGCCGCCAAGGAGUUCGUCCCCUCCCCGGCGGUGGCGUCGCCGUCCAAGAAGGCGCUGUCGGCGGACGCGCCCGUGUUCGACAUCUGCUCUAUCGGGGGCGGGAAUGGGGGAAGCAAGGACUCCGCCGCUGAUGCCGCCUUCUACAUUGGGAACCAGCAGCGCAGGUGGAGGAAUGGAUACAUCAAUCAAGGAAGGAGGAGGACAAGUGAGAGGGCAAGGCGUGCAGAAAGAGAGGGCAGCAUUAGGCGUACUGUUUAUGUCUCUGAUAUCGACCAUACUGUGACAGAGGAGAGACUUGCUGAUAUCUUUGCUACCUGUGGGCAAGUUGUUGAUUGCAGAAUUUGUGGUGAUCCCCGCUCAGUUCUUAGGUUUGCAUUCAUUGAGUUCUCAGAUGAAGAGGGCGCGGGAGCUGCACUUAACCUUGGUGGCACGAUUUUUGGUUUCUACCCUGUUAGGGUCUUACCUUCAAAGACAGCUAUCUUACCUGUGAAUCCAAAGUUUCUUCCCAGGACGGAAGAUGAGAAGGAAAUGGUUAUACGGACUGUUUACUGUACAAACAUAGAUAAGAUGGUUACUCAAUUAGAUGUAAAGAAUUUCUUUGAAGAACUUUGUGGUGAGGUGUCUCGGUUGAGAAUUUUAGGGGAUAAUGUACAUUCUACAAGGAUCGCUUUUGUUGAGUUUGUCCAUGCUGAGGGUGCCAUUAUGGCUCUAAAUUGCAGCGGGAUGAUUUUGGGAACUCUGCCUGUCAGGGUGAGCCCUUCUAAGACACCGGUGAAGCCACGUGUAAAUCGAGUGGCAUCUAACUGACUAUCCGUAAGCCGAACUGGAUUGUUCACGGGAAGGCAUGACCAUCAACUAAAGGCAUCCGCGAUCCAGUGCAUCAUGAUGCGUUCUAAAACAGAGGAGCAUUUUUUUCUUCUUUGUAAUCUUUUGCAAACCUAUUGUAAGGGAACUGGUUAAAUCAGAUCCUUCAUAGCCAGCAUUUGUUUCUCCUGUUUCCUUCCUCAUGAUGGAACAAUCGUUAGACAAUCAACCAUCAAAGUAAUUCCUGUGGCUUUUCCUUUUCUUUUCA